AUGGACGGACUCUUUACUCUGCUCAGUCUGAGCACCGUCAUGGCAGUGGCCUCUUUCCUGGCGGGUAUCCUACCUUUGACAUUGAAAUUGUCUCCAUCGCAACUAAGAUUAAUAGCGACAAUUGGCAUGGGUGUGCUGGUUGGCACGUCCCUGGUUGUCAUUAUCCCCGAAGGAGUGGAAACCCUGUACAGUGCUUCCGAAGCUGGGCAGGCGCAUUCACAUACGAGGAGACACGACUUUUUGGGCGAAGCAGACAUACAGGCGCCACGGUUUCAUACGCUUGAAUCAGUCCACGAGCUGGUGGCACGCAGCCCGGUGGACGACACAAGCCCUUUCAAUGUCCCGGGUCCUGUCAUUCCCUCAGAACUCGACCCACCACCAAAAACUCCUACCGAACCAGGCGUGGUCGGGAUUAUGGACGCGGGUAACAAUGGUGGCGGGACUGGAGAAGCACAGCACGAGCACAAUGAUGAUGUCCACAAGGAAGCGCAUCAUGCAUGGAUUGGGGUUGCUUUGCUGGCAGGAUUCAUGCUUAUGUAUUUGAUUGACAAGGUACCACAAUACAGUCAACCGUCAAAGCAAAGGACGAGGACCCAUCAUAUUGCACUCAACAAUCUCGGCCGCAGAUUCAAUUUUACGACUUCGCUGGACCGUGAAGAGGAGGCGGACACGUUCCUCGACUCAUCAGAGGGCUCCCAUAUUCACCAACGGAGCUUCGCGACCACGAUUGGCUUGGUCAUACACGCCGCAGCCGAUGGGAUAGCGCUGGGAGCGUCAUCAACGGCAACAACGUCUGGACUGAGUUUCGUCAUCUUCUUUGCGAUUAUGAUUCACAAAGCACCCGCGGCGUUUGGUCUCACUUCUGUGCUGAUCAAACAAGGCCUUUCGAAAAGAGCAGCCCGGGGGCAUCUCGUACUCUUCAGCUUAGCUGCACCUACCGGGGCAGUUGCCACGUGGGUUCUCGCCCAUCUUCUGGGCGGUGUGCGAAAUCAUAGCGCGCAGACUACGACGUGGUGGACUGGAAUACUCCUACUUUUUUCAGCGGGGACGUUUCUCUACGUCGCAAUGCAUUCAAUGCAAGAGGCGUCAAGGUCCCAUCAAGAAGGAGCGAAUGGGCAUGUCAAUGGCUACAUUGACGGGCGCGAGAACGCGCAGAGUGAGUCGAAACCGACGUGGAAGGAUCUGGGAGCGGCAUGCUUCGGCAUGAUCCUGCCAUUAUUUUUGCAAGUCGGGCAUGCUCACUGA